AUGGACGCUUCACCCUUGACUCUGGCGCAAACCCACGCCCGCAAAGCCUCAAAAGCAAACACCCACACUGCUGCUAUCGACGAGCAUGAUCUAGCGGCGGGGCAGUUCGCAACUGCUGCGAAAGGCACAGACAACUCCGAGGCAUUUCGCACUCUCAAGCUGCUGGAGCAACACCACAAGAAGCUCGCUCAGCUACUCAAGUUCCGUAACUCUCAUCCUAUCACUGCAAAUCCGGAGGCCAUUCCCGAUUCAAAGCCUGCUCCUCAGCAGCCUUCAUCGCCAGUCCCCGCACCAGCGCAGGAUGUCUCGCCAUAUCGCCCUGCGUCGCAAAGCCUACCGGCUGCUCAUCGACCACCGCGCGAUAUCAGCUCUUCGAUAGCAAGUAACCUAGCAUCAGCGCGUGGCAUACCAUCAAACAAGCAGCGAAGAAACGGAAGCGGCCAAGCCUCUUCACCCGUCUUAGCCCACCAGAAUGCAGAAGGCAGGGUCUUCACUCCACCGAGGAGGUCGAAGCUCGGAGAGGCAGCCUCAAGGACAACAGCCUCUCCUACUACGGAGAAAGCGCCGAUGAUGCCAGAGGCCCUAUCUACCAAGGACUCCUCUGCGGCUGUCACCAUUUCUCAAGAGCCCGCUCCCUCCAAAACAGACGAGCCCUUCCAACGCUUCUACUCAACCUUCGAAGCCCUCUUCUCCAAGCUCUCCGCCCCCCUCGCCUUCGCCGGUCUCCCCCUUACCUCCGAUUUGCCUCAACCCGCCGAUUCAGCACAAUCCACCAAGCAAACCUCCAAACCCUCCGACCGCGCCACCGCGGAACCCGAAUACUCCCGCCUAUUCUCCAAAGCCGCGCUCGGCGCCAUCCGCGAUGAACCCGGCAACACCAAUCUGGGCGCCGCAGAAAGCUUCUACGUCGUCCCCGUGACUGGGGGCACCAUGCCUUAUGCCAGUAUACUAGCCCGAGAUCGACACAACUUCCCUACGCUGGAAAGAGACGGCACGAGGAAUAAUGAAGAGAUGGAUGAAUUUGUCGAUGCGAGAGAGACGCCUGGACCGCCUAGUCCGCUGAUGAUGAGGACCGGGAAGACGGGAGCGAAGGUGGCGGGUAGUAAUAAGACGAUGGAGGAACUGCAGCUUGAGAAUGAAGGACUGCGCUUAAGUCUCGAUAGUGUCACGAGGCGCUUGUAUGAGUUCGAAGCGGGUGCUCAGGCUUCGUCGUUUGCGUUGUAUCAGAGUAUCAAAGCCAAUAUGAAACAGUCGCCUGCGGCAUCGCAAGCGGGCACGGGCGUCAAUGUGGAAAGAUUGGAAGAGCAGAUCCGUGAGGCAAAGACAGAGAUGGAGAGGAUGGGGAGCGAGAACGAGAAGUUGAAGGGCGUGGUUGGAAGGUAUAGGGAACGAUGGGAGAAGUUGAAAGAGGGAGCGAGAGUCAGGCGUGAGGGGGGGCCCAAGGAGGAGGGAGAUUAA